AUGUCUUCUCGCCGUUUCCUAUCAUUUGUAACCAGAAAAAAGUUUUUCAAAAUUAGUCUUAGUAAUAAAACUAGUUCAACCAUUUAUAAUGGAUAUCACACGUGGCAUGAGAAGAGUGAAAGUGUAUUGCCAAAUAAUGUCGACACAAAAAGUGCCCAAUUUAAGGAAAAUUCCUCGAGAAUGAACGAAUUAGUAAAAGACUUGGAAGGAGUUGUUAAAAAAGUUACUCUUGGUGGUGGUGAAGGUGCGAGAAAACGUCACCUGGAUCGAAAAAAGCUUUUACCUCGCGAUAGGAUAAAUCGUCUGUUGGAUAACGGAUCGCCUUUUCUCGAGCUAUCUCAGCUUGCUGGAUACAAAUUAUACUCGGAGGAAGUGCCUGCAGGUGGAAUAAUUAUCGGAAUUGGUCGUGUCUCGGGUGUGGAAUGCAUGAUCGUUGCAAAUGAUUCAACUGUGAAGGGUGGGACUUACUAUCCGAUUACAGUCAAAAAGCAUCUACGAGCACAAGAAAUUGCUCGCGAAAAUAGACUUCCAUGCAUCUACUUGGUCGACUCCGGAGGUGCCAAUCUUCCGCAGCAGGCAGAGGUUUUUCCCGAUCGUGAUCACUUCGGACGUAUUUUUUAUAAUCAAGCGACCAUGUCUGCUGAAGGGAUUCCACAAAUAGCUGUCGUAAUGGGGUCGUGUACAGCAGGUGGUGCCUACGUUCCGGCAAUGGCAGACGAAAGUAUUAUUGUGGCAAAGCAGGGGACAAUCUUCCUCGCAGGCCCACCAUUGGUCAAAGCAGCAACCGGUGAGAUUGUCUCUUCAGAAGAGCUCGGGGGAGCUGAUCUACACUGUCGGACCUCGGGUGUCACAGACCAUUACGCAGUAAACGAUGAACACGCUCUCCAACUUGCAAGAAGUGCCGUUGCCACGCUGAACUGGUCAAAAAGCUCAAAGCUCAACGUAAGAGAAUAUGAAGAACCCUUGUAUUCUGCAUCAGAGCUGGGUGGUAUUGUGGGAGACAACCUACGUAAAUCAUUUGAUGUUAAGAAUGUGAUUGCACGUAUUGUGGAUGGAAGCCGAUUUGAAGAAUUUAAGGAACUUUACGGAACUACAUUAGUUACUGGAUUCGCACAUAUUUAUGGUUAUCCGGUGGGAAUUAUUGCGAAUAAUGGGAUCCUAUUCUCAGAGUCAGCUUUAAAGGGUGCCCAUUUUAUAGAACUCUGCGCACAACGAGGUGUACCUCUUAUUUUUUUACAAAAUAUUACGGGAUUUAUGGUAGGCUCCUCAGCGGAAGCUGGCGGGAUUGCCAAAAAUGGGGCGAAAAUGGUCACAGCGGUAUCAUGUGCAAAGGUACCUAAACUGUCAAUGAUUAUUGGCGGUAGCUUCGGAGCCGGUAAUUACGGGAUGUGUGGAAGGGCGUACAGUCCCAGAUUUUUGUGGAUGUGGCCGAAUGCGCGAAUAUCCGUUAUGGGAGGAGAACAGGCGGCAAAUGUUCUAGCUCAGGUCAGACAAGAUGCGAAAGUGAAAAAAGGUGAAAAGUGGUCGGCAGAAGAAGAUGAAGAUUUUAAAGUUAAAAUACGAGAGAGGUAUGAACUUGAAGGUCAUCCUUACUUUUCGUCAUCUCGUCUUUGGGAUGAUGGAAUUAUAAAUCCUGCUGAUUCGCGUAAGGUUCUCGCUUUAGCGUUGGGUGCAGCGCUAAAUGCCCCUAUUGAGAAAACGCAUUUCGGUGUGUUUAGAAUGUAG